GCAACCGGGUAAACACUAGCAGGCUUGUGUGUGUGCGGUAGCCCACUAAAACACGGCCUUGUUAAAACGAGGAUCAGUCCUCAGUCGGCGAGGGACCGCGGUGCGCAUGCCCGGCCGCACUGUUCCACGCAAGCGCACUCCCGCCUCGCAAACGAACACCUAGUGCAGAUGAACAAGUGAACAAAUCCUCAAAAAAUAAGUUAACCACAAAACAAAACAUGAUAGGACCUUGUUAAAAUCCUAGGGGCCAAAUUAGUGUAAGUGUUUCUGAUGUGCAAGCUGGUGGGCACCUUUGUGUUGCUGCUGCUGCUAUCACUGGAUUCCCGGGAUUGCUCGGCCAGUAGUCAAGAUGACAAAAUCACACUCAAUAGCGUGCAACAUUGGGCAGUCAAGCUUGGCUCAGAACUUAGCUCGUUCGGCGAAGUUAUUACCAGGAAGAAAAGGGUUCAGGAGAGCUUCAAAUCGGCUCAAAUAGAAUCUCGUGAUGGCGAAAAACUUGUGCAAAGUAUGGCCGAUGAUAUCCGCGCGAUGAUGGAACUCAAAGUCAGUGCCGUAAAACGGAUAGUCGAAGCGGCAGAAAACAUGGCAUUUGACAAACAGAGCGAGCCUGUGCCGGAAGACUACCAGUUCUACAACAGCAAGGAGAUGGACGAGCCUUACGACGAAGUGUCAAUCACUACAACAGCGGAGCCGGAUUUUAAUCUUGAGAACUGGAUUGUGCGACCACCAACUAAAAGUGCUCAUCUGCAAUUAAAUGCACACUUUUACAACAUCCCUGUCAAUACUAACUUUAGUAGCGUACACGUUCCAACGAACGUCUACGCUUGGGCGGACGGCGUUAUCAAAGGAAUCCAUUGGUCUGAAGGGCUGGACACACAUUUCAUCAAUAAUUACCAAAGUGAUCCCACGCUUUCUUGGCAAUAUUUUGGAAGUUCUACUGGGUUCAUGAGACAUUAUCCAGCAAUGAAAUGGAGAGCUGAUCCUGUCGACAUUUACGACUGUCGCACGAGAGCUUGGUACAUGGAAGCAGCGGCUAGUCCCAAAGAUGUAGUCAUUUUAGUUGACCGUAGUGGUUCGAUGACUGGCCAGCGAAGAGACAUCGCCAAACACGUUGUCACCAACAUAUUGGAUACCCUAGGCAAUAAUGAUUUUGUCAACGUUAUGACUUUUGCUGACACUGUUGAAGAAAUAGUUCCAUGCUUUGAAGACUCUUUGGUCCAGGCGACAAUGGGAAAUUUAAGAGAAUUGAAGUUAGGAUUGGACAACUUUGAAACAAUGGAGAUAGCAAACUUUUCGGCAGCCUUAACGAGAGCUUUUGAGCUUUUAGAAAUUUACAGAAAUAAUAGUGGAGGCGCCAACUGUAACCAGGCUAUAAUGCUGGUUACCGAUGGCGUCCCAUACAACUAUAAGGAGCUAUUCGAGAAAUACAACUGGAAAUAUGACACCCCUGUCAGGGUUUUCACGUACCUGAUAGGGCGUGAGGUAAAGGUGGCGGACGUACGGGAAGUGAAAUGGAUGGCGUGCGCGAACCGAGGAUUCUACGUACACCUCAGCACGCUAGCGGAGGUGCGCGAGCGCGUGCUAGAGCACGUCAACGUGCUGGCACGCCCGCUUGUGCUUCAGCGAGAGACACACCCCGUUGUCUGGACUCCUGUUUACGCUAAUGUUACGGAUCCCAAGGUCGCAGAUUAUUUAUGGGAGCAACGAGAAAGAGCUGAGCAGAAGGAACGGUUUAUGAGCCAACGACGCGAUAAAACUCACUUCAACUCUGAAACAGAACAAAAUCGCAGAUGGAAAAUAACUCAGAUGAAACAGGGCCAGUACAGCGAACUCGGUAACUCUCAGUAUCAACUGAUGACAUCAGUAUCAAUGCCAGUGUACGAUCUACGGCACAACGAGAACAUCACAGAGAAUGUACUGAUAAAUGAAGCUUACUGGGUAUCAGUUACGAAAGAGUCCGUAGAGGAGAACGGCCAAAAGGAGAUGCGUAUAGCUAGAUUGUUGGGAGUGGCGGGGACAGAUGUGGCUCUGUCCGAGAUACAAGCAUUGAUGACACCUUACAAGAUCGGAGUUAACGGGUACGCCUUCAUAGUGACGAACAACGGGUACAUUUUGAUUCAUCCUGAUUUGAGGCCUGUGUACCAACAAAUAUUAAAACCAAGUUACAACAGCGUGGAUAUGAUUGAGGUUGAACUUUUUGACGAUGACAGAGGCCCACGAAACUUCAGCAAAGAACUAACUGCGCUUCGCCAAGAAAUUAUAGACCAAAGAACUGGAAACAAGAUCAUGAAUGUGAAGUACCAUAUGGACGAUAUGAAAAGAGCAUCCAGAGCUAAAAAGCAUUACUUUUGGACUGGCAUCAGCGAGUCCCCGUUCACCCUUGUGGUGGCCAUUCCGGAGAACUAUGGCCGUCAUAGGAUCACACCACCUCCUAAUGACGACAUCCAUCGCCUCUCGCUCACAUUCAAGAACAUAUCGGCUCAGCAGUUCCUUUUGGACAAGUGGAGCGUCCAUCCUGACUGGCUGUACUGUCGUCACUACGAACGUUCGUUUUCAUCUCCCGAAGAAGAGCUAUCUUACUUUUUGGAACGAGUAGCGCGGCCGGGCUGGCGCUGGCCCGCCAAGCCCCGGCCUCCUGAACACCACAAGAACAAGGGACACGAGCGACACAACGGAACCUCAGAUGGGCGCGAGCGCACGAAGGCUUCUAACAGUACCCCUCGGAAUGAGUAUUAUUGCGACCACGGAUUAAUGCAAGCCCUAGUAUAUGACGCUAUCAACACGGCCUGGUUCAACAAAAGCAUUACGGAAUCUGCAUCCAACGAAACCGCGCUGAAGUUCAUCGAACGAUUCGGAUACAUCGUGGCGUUUAUGGCUACACACAGCGGACUCACCAGGUGGCAGACUCAUCCCCCCAGAGAACACGAAAACAGCAGCGAUACUAGAUUCGAGUUCGGAAAGCAAUGGCCACGAGCGAUCGACGAGGUCUGGUAUCGGCGGGCGGUCGAGCAGCACUACGUCGACCCUCUGAGCUACGUAUACAGUGUGGAGAUGAACACAGAGAAGGUCCCCUUGAACGUGAGCGCGGCGGUGGUUACGGCGGCCCACGCGGUGUUCCACGGGGACGGCCACAGGAAGGCGCCUGCUGCCGUCGUCGGCUACCAGUUCCAGCACGACCGCCUUGCUGAGUGGUUCUUCAAUAUCACAGCUACGUGUGAUAACAACAAAGGAUGCUGCGCAUCAAAUGCAUGGGAUUGCUUUUUGGUUGACAGCAAUGGAUGGAUUAUUGUCAGCGAAGACGGCAACCAUACAGGACUGUUUUUCGGCAAGAUUCGACCAGAUAUCAUGACAAGACUCGUUGAAGAUGAAGUGUAUAAGACCAUACACAUAGUGGACUAUCAAGCGGUUUGUUUCAGAGAAAAGAAGACAACUAACCCUGCAGCCACGCUUCUUACGCCAUUGGAAAAUGUGCGUCUUGUCCUGGCGUGGUUCCUCGCGACAAGCGUUUGGCUCUACAAUACAAUUACAGUAGGUUUGGCUCAGGGCUCUGUCUACACAUUCGACGACGAGAAUGUUACACCCACCGUGGCGUACCAGAAUUACGAGAACGACGAAGAAACUGACGACCCGUUCCUGACGAAGCCGCCAACGGCACGAGUCGAGCGUGACUUCGAGAAGCUGGUACUUAUCAACAGGACACGACCGACGCCGUGCGACAGGGAGAUGUACCUCUACCAACUCGACUACUCUAACUUAAACGAGAAACUUAACAAGCCUUUGAAAGAGUGCGAUCGACCGUUCUACGUCCAGUUAGUAAACUUCACAAACAUGCUGCUUGUGGUGGUGGAUGCCAACUGUCCGAAGGAGGAAGGUUCAGUGUUCUCCGUGGAGCCGACCGAGGUUCUGUACAACGAAACGCUGCCGUGUUUGAAGCACAUACAUCCGCUGUACAGGAAGCAGCCGGUUUCCUGCAUCCGCAGCCAUCCCGAGGAGAGUAACAUUGACAUGUGCGGGCGCGCGAGCAUACCUGGCAGGAAUAUGUUCUGGAUACCCCUGGCAGUAGUCUCCAUUUAUACAUAUUUGUAGAAUUUAUCCUUGACUGGAAUUGCCCUAAAUUUAAAUGUCCAAAGCCCUUUGUAUUUUAUACGGAUGUAACGCGCACCACUUAAUUCAGCACGUCUAUCUCGUCUUGCCGCGACUCGUGCGACUUUAUGAGCGAGACACAGCGAUCGGACCUUUCGUUCCCUCCUAUGGUUGCCGCCGCCGCCGGUCGCGCAAUGUCGUGGCUGGGCCGUAUGUGUCAAGUCGCGCUUGGUAUGAAAAAGCGCGAGCUGGGUCAGGAUAAUACAUGCUAGACAUAAGGGGACGGUUUUAAAUUUAUUGUGUUGAUUAGUAUAUGUCAUGUUACGAGUAGGGAAUGCAAAUCGGUUAUUUCUUGUAUGGAAAUAAUCGGUUUUUAACCGAAACCGCGGUUAUUUCCAUACAAAAAAUAACCGAUUUGCAUUCUUUAGUUACGAGUUUUAUUUUAAAAGAUCGGCAUUAAGGGCAUUUUUUUCUUUUAUCAACUUAUACGAAUUUAUUGGAGUAUUUACAAGUUUUUACAAUAAAUUUAUUAAAAAUUAUAACAUCCUCACCCAAUAAAAAAGUCAUUACAAUCUUUUCAACAUUUAAUGUAUAGUCUUCAUUACCUACUCAUUAUGCAGAUGUGGAAAUUUAUUUGGUAACUCUAUAAAAUUUUGUUGUAAUUCAAGAUGGAUAAACAUUAUUUUUAGAACUAGUAGUAGCCACUGUUACAUGUCAUUCCCACAUAUCAGAUAUACUUAGUGAUAAUGUGUUUAUUCAUAGUGUUAAAUUCAAUGUCUUUUAAAGAAACUAGCUAAUUUCAUGCUCCCAAUGUGCCACAAGGAACAUGACUAGUGAAAGAGUAUAUUUAAUUGUCACCAGUAGCCUUCCCACUAGUUUGACACUAACAUAUCCGCGAACGUCAGCGUAAGUUAAUUUCUGUACAUAUCGCUCGCACUAAUAUGCCAGUACGUGAAAGAUGCAUAGAAAGUAGGUUACGCACUAGCAAAUAUGUCACUGUCAGGAGUGUCAGGUUAGGUCAAACUCGUGGUAAGGCUACAGAGUUAACAGAUUGUUUUUAAUUUUAGUAUUAAUCAUUACCAUUACUUUCAGUGGCAACAAUGAUUGUGAAUAACUGAUUACGGUUUGGGGGGUGGUAAAUAAUGAAAUGAAUGUAAAUAUAAGAUAGUUAGCUUUUCAACAAAUUGGAACAAACCCAUAUAUGUUCUAGCUAUGUGAAAUAUACGUAUACAUAUAUGUGAACGUUUUAUGUUAAAUGUUAAGUUUAUUCUAGUCUUCAGUAAUUAAAUGAAUAAAUAUUGUACAUUAAGUUUACAAGUUCUGAGAGAUUGGUCGGCGUUUCCGUCCUGUACCCGUACCACGAGUCACUGACAGUGUCAACACUGACAUAUAAGCUAACGUCUACUUUCUAUACAUCUCGCUCGCACUAAUACAUACAUCAGUACCAGCGAGAUGCAUAGAUAGUAAGUUAUUUAGAUGUUAGUGUAUACGUCAGUGUUGACACUAUCAGUGACUCGUGGUAAGGGUACAGUCGCCAUCAGAUAUAUUGGAGCGGCCACGGUGCUCACAAGAUAUUUAGAUCACAAGAUAACACGCCUCUAUUAUCAAGGCGUUAGAUUGCGUGUUCAGAUAUUGUGAACACCUUGGCCGCUCCGAUAUAUCUGAUGGCGACUGUACUAGUAAAUUUGUAAUAUUCCUUGACACUAAGAUUGAAUUUUCUUUUAAAAAUUGUCUGUUCAAUUUUUCUUGAAUGUUGCAAAAGCCAGCUUGGACAGUGAAUUGGAUUUGGUAAAUAUUUUAUAAUAAUGAAUUUGUGUCAAUAAUUAUUUCACAUUUUAUAACAAAGAUAUAGGUUGCAUCACAUCUGAAACUGCAUAUAAUUACCACUUGUUUCCCUAGCAACUGUUGCAACCACUAUAAUAUACUAAUACAAUAAAUACCUAAUUAUUACAAUAAAUAUAAAAUUAUUAUAUUUAUGAUGUGAAAUAAUUAUUUACAAUUUCAAUAGAUAUUUUAAACUGAGAAAAUAUUAUGUUACUCAAUGUAUUAAAUACUUACAGUCAUAUUUCUAUUUGUAAGAAUAUAUUUUAGUAGGUAUAUAGUAAAAUACAUAUUUGAAUCUCUGUCAUAAAGAAAUGUGCUUAUUUAUUUCCUUGAAAUGAAAUGUGAUUGUUAAUUUGGUACAAAAUAAAUAUUUGUUGUUUUGGUUUAAAAGCAU